CCCCUCCCAUCGGCGGCAACACAAUCAUCAACCCUAAUUCGCAGCCUGGGCGCCACCGCCUCCUCGACCCCCUUUCCCUCGAAACCCACCUAAAAUCCUAGCCCUGCCGGCCGCCAUGGCGUCGGCGGGCGAAGCGAGCGCGGCGGCGGAAGCCACGGAGGGGAAGAACUGGCGGCGGAAGGGGAAGCACGAGAAGGAGAAGCCGUGGGACGAUGACCCCACCAUCGACCGCUGGACGGUGGAGAAGUUCGACCCCUCCUGGAACGAGGGCGGCCUGCUGGAAGUCAGCUCCUUCUCCACCCUCUUCCCCCAGUACCGAGAGAAGUAUCUGCAGGAGACGUGGCCGAUCGUGAAGGGCGCGCUGAAGGAGUUUGGAGUCUCAUGCGAGCUCAAUCUGGUGGAGGGAUCCAUGACGGUUACCACCACCAGGAAGACCAAGGAUCCCUACAUUAUUCUCAAGGCCAGGGACCUGAUAAAACUCUUGUCACGAAGUGUCCCUGCACCCCAAGCAAUUAAAGUGCUCAAUGAUGAGAUGAACUGUGAUAUUAUCAAGAUUGGUAGCAUCAUAAGAAACAAGGAAAGAUUUGUCAAAAGGAGAGAGCGCCUUUUAGGCCCUAACCUGUCCACCCUUAAGGCUAUUGAGAUUUUAACUGGCUGCUACAUCUUAGUUCAGGGAAAUACUGUUGCUGCCAUGGGUUCCUUUAAGGGACUGAAACAAGUCCGGAGGAUUGUAGAGGAUUGCAUAAAGAACAUAAAGCAUCCAGUAUACCACAUUAAGGAACUCUUAAUUAAACGUGAGCUGGCUAAAAAUCCUGCCCUAGCCACUGAAAGUUGGGACAGGUUUCUCCCGAACUUUAAGAAAAAGAAUGUCAAGCAAAAGAAGCCCAAUACCAAGGAGAAGAAACAAUACACACCCUUUCCGCCACCUCAGCAGCCUAGCAAGAUUGAUCGUGAACUGGAGAGUGGUGAGUAUUUCUUGAGUGACAAGGUAAAGGCAGCUAAGAAAUAUCAAGAGAAGCAGGAUAAGCAAUCAGAGAAAUCAGAAGAAAAGAGAAGAAAGAGAGAAGCUGCAUUUGUUCCACCAAAGGAGAAUACUGCUGGGCUAUCUGAAUCUGCCAAAAGUAGUAAUGACAACAAUGAAAUUGCUGAUAUCACAAAAUCCUUAAAGAAAAAGGCAAAGAAAUUCAGAAAUAGUGAAGCUGAGGGAAACGUGAAAAUCGAGUCGUAUGUUGCGAGCAACGAAGAAUCACACUCCAAAAAGAAGCGCAAAUUGUCAUCCAAGUAACCGCAGUACGUCAGUGACUGGGAUGAUAAUUCUAGUUGUUUCAAGUAGUUGAACUCUUGUCAUUCAAGGAGGUCUUCAAGUUUCAAGCUUUAGUGGUGAAACAGACAAAUCUUCAAGCUUAAGUGAUGAACAUUGCAGUCUGUUUGUUGGUAACUGCCAUCUGAUUACUUCAGGAAUAUUGCAGCUUUCUUGCAUAA